AUGCAAAGAAAUAGGGUAAAUUGGCUUCGGGAUAGAGAUAGAAAUACAAAAUAUUUCCAUGCUCAAGCAAAUGGGAGGAGGAAGAAAAAUACCAUUAUUGGUAUCGAAGGGGAAGAUGGCCGGUGGACUACUGAUUUAGAUGAGAUCCAAGCGAUUGCUACUUCUUACUUUCAGAAACUUUUUAAUUCUACUGAACCUAAGCACUUUAAUGAUGUACUUGAGAAAAUCCAACAUCGAGUCACAACAGAGAUGAACGCUUCUCUUCUAUCAGAGUUCACAGCAGAGGAGAUUCAUACAGCACUCAACCAAAUGCACCCCACUAAGGCACCAGGUCCUGAUGAUGUUAAUCAAACUCAUAUUGCUUUAAUUCCCAAAGUGAAAGAGCCAAAGAACAUGAUGCAGUUUAGACCCAUCAGCCUCUGUAAUGUCAUGUACAAAAUUAUUUCCAAAGUUUUGGUGAACAGGUUGAAAGUGUUUCUUCCCAACUGUAUCAGCGAGAAUCAAAGUGCGUUUGUCCCAGGGCGCCUCAUCACUGAUAAUAUUCUGGUGGCUUAUGAACUUCUUCACACCUUGAGAAGUAAUCAGAAGGGGAAACAGGGGUUCUUUGCGCUUAAACUGGAUAUGAGCAAAGCUUACGACCGUGUGGAAUGGGAUUUUUUAGAAGCUGUUAUGUUGAGAUUGGGUUUUGAUGGCAGGUGGGUUAACAUGAUUAUGUCUUGCGUUUGUUCUGUCUCUUUUUCUGUAGUUGUGAAUGGUGAAGUUACGGAUGGUUUUAGUCCUGGUAGGGGGUUGAGACAAGGAGAUCCUUUAUCUUCGUAUUUGUUCCUAUUCUGCACCGAGGCUCUCUUUGCAAUGCUAUCUGAUUGUCAGAACGGAGUAGCUGCAAGUCGAAAUGGGCCGAGAGUAAAUCACUUAUUUUUUGCUGAUGACAGCCUUUUGUUUGGUAAAGCAAAUUUGGCUGAGAGUAAAAAAGUGAAGGAUAUACUUACGAGGUAUGAAGAAUGCUCGGGCCAAAAAAUUAAUUUUGACAAGUCAGCCAUAAUUUUUGGUAGUAAUGUUGAUCAAAGUCGGAGGGAUGAGUUGUUAAAUUUGUUUGGUGUCAUAGAACAGGACUGUAUUGAGAAGUAUUUAGGCUUACCUGCUAUGGUGGGGAGGAACCGUCGGCAAGCUUUUGGGGCUUUAAAAGAUCGAAUCUCUAAGAAGCUUCAGAGUUGGAAUAUUCGGAUGUUCUCUCAGGGUGGUAGAGAAAUCAUGAUCAAAGCAGUUCUUCAAGCUAUUCCUACUUACACGAUGAAUGUCUUUUCACUUCCCAAAUCUUUAUGUACUGAGAUAAACAACAUGCUUUCACGAUUUUGGUGGAAGCAAAAUGGAGAUAAGAGGCCAUUGUACUGGAGCUUUGAAAGCUUGAUAUUUUCCGAGAACAAAUUUCUUGGAAGCAAAGCUUGGUUGGAAUCGCUCAUACACUUGGCGCAGUAUUUUGAGUGCACAACCCCUGCUAAAAUAUGGAGUUCGGUGGAGAGUGGACUUCAAAUUGCUGAUAGGAUGGUGUGGCAUUAUGAUAAUAAAGGUUUUUAUUCGGUUCGAAGUGGGUACAGAGUACUAUGUAAUCUACAAGGGGUCUAUGAUGAUCUGGAUCCGUUAGCUAUUGCACAUGACAAGGAGGUUUACCAAACGGUUUGGAAAGCAAAUGUUCCCCCGAAAGUAAAAAUUUUUGGCUGGCGUAUGACCCAAGAUAUUCUUCCGGUUGCUGAUAAUCUCUAUUAUCGAGGGAUGGAUGUGGAUCGAACUUGCUUUCGGUGUAAACUUGAUAAUGAAUCGGGACCUCAUGCCAUCCUGGAAUGUGAAUAUGCGGAUGCGGUUUGGAGGAUAGUUCGAGAGAAAUAUAUGAACCAUGAUGCAGGAGAUGAUCUUCGAUCGGCUGGAAGCUUCUUUGGUGAGACUAAAUGGCGUGACAUAGCACUGCUCACUUCUUGGGCUGUUUGGAAUGAUGAAAAUGCUAAUUUUCAUGAUGGACUUAGAAGGGAUCCACAACACACAGUUGAAUUUAUCGGAUCAUAUAUCAUUGAGUUCCAACGAUGCCAGGAGGCUGUAACUUCACUGCCAAAACAUAUAGUCCCGGUAAGAUGGAAAGCACCACCGAUAGGAGUAGUUAAAGUAAAUUUUGAUGCUUCCUUUCAGGCUGCUACAUCACUUGGUGGUUUCGGUGCUGUGGGGCGGGAUGGUUCUGGUGAAGUGCUUGGUUCUAUAGCCGGAAGAUUGGAGCAAGUUGCAGAUGCGUUUGCUGCAGAAGCAAAAGCUGCUGUCAAAGCUAUUAUUUGGGCCCGAGAGAUGGGGUUCACAGACAUCAUUGUGGAGGGUGAUGCUUUGAUAAUUAUAAAGAAAGUGAAUUCAACUUUGGAGGAUCUCUCACCGAUUGGGAUAUAUACUGAAGAGCUCAAGUUCUAUCGUUCCAUGUUUAAUUCUUGUUCUUUUCACCAUGUUGGUCGAGAUGGUAACGGAGUUGCCCAUGCAUUGGCUACUUAUGGGAUAUCUUUGACAGAAGAUUUAGUUUGGAUGGAAGAAGUCCCUGAAUUAAUCUUGGAUGUACUCAAAAACGAUUAUACCGGUAAUGAUCUUGUACUGAAUCCUUCAACUCCAUGUGCUAGGCUACCCUAUGGUGAAACCUUCUUCAACAGGCCAACUGGUAGAUGCUCCAAUGGCUUGUUAAUGAUUGAUUUUCUUGCAAUGUCUGCUAAAUUCCCAUUACUUGAAGCCUACCUAAACAAAGAUGGAUCAUUUGAUCGUGGAGUUAACUUCGCGGUCACCGGAGCUACUGCCUUGCCUAUGGGAGAUCCGGGAAUCAACUCUCUAAGUGAACAACUUGAAUGGAUGUUUAGCUAUUUUAAUAGAACUUGUGGCUUGGACAAAGAUUGUUUGGAGAGAAAUGGAAGAGCUCUUUUCUUGGUUGGGGAGAUAGGAGGAAAUGACUAUAACUAUGCCUUCUGGGACGACCGAAAAACCGUAGAGGAGGUUAAAGCCAUGGUGCCCAAUGUAGUCCAAGCUAUAAGAGAUGCUGUCAAAAGAGUUAUCGGAUUUGGUGCUACUCGGAUAAUUGUUCCUGGGAACUUCCCCAUAGGCUGCUUUCCUUUAUAUCUGGGUCAAUUUCGAACUAAUGAUACCGGUGCUUAUGAUGAACAUCAUUGUCUCAAGUAUUUGAAUGACUUUUCGAUCUAUCAUAACGAUUAUCUCCAACAAGCGAUCGAGGAGCUAAAACAAGAACAUCCCAAUGUGAUCAUUGUCUAUGGGAAUUACUACGAUUCAUUCCUCUGGCUUUUCAGCAAGGCUAAUAUGCUUGGUUUUGAUCCGAAAUCAUUACAAGAAGGUUGUUGCGGAAUUGGAGGUGCAACAGCAUGUUCAAUUGGAGGUGCAACAGUAUGUUCAAACCCUGAUGAACGAGUGAGUUGGGAUGGAGUUCAUUUGACACAAAGGGCUUAUGAAUUAAUGGCAUCAUGGCUUAUCCGGGACAUUUAUCCGAAACUGCAAUGCAAGCAAUUUGAUUCAUAUAGUUCUUCUAUCUAG